AUGAGUAACAUGACGCAAGAGGACGUCUCGACGGGCCUCCGAACCGUUCAGCAAGGCCUCGAAGCUCUUCGUGACGAACACAACAACGUGGGAGCAACGAUUGAGAGCAGUCUCAAAGGAAUCAGUGAAGAUGAAGCGCCGAUGCCUCGCGAAAAACACCACCAGAUCUCAGACAACGUAACGAGUAUAUCUAGUGGACUCGAGGAAGUCACGAUGAUGGUGUCGAUAAUGUCUCAUUUGAACAAUUUGGAAGCGGAAAAACAGAAGUACCAGGCCCAACGACGUCGCCUUUGUCAGGAAAACGCAUGGCUACGUGACGAGCUGAGCUCUACGCAGAUUAAGCUCCAGACCUCCGAGCAGGCUCGUGUUAACCGUUCAGAGCUACUAGUUUUUCGUUUUCUGAACAUCAGAAACGACGUGAAAUCUGCACCAUCCGAGGCAAAUGUGCCUUCCACGAAUGACACACUUCAAGACCUUGGUUUUGGUCCUGAGGACGAAGAAGACCUGCAAUCUAGUCAGUUCGCUCAGCCAACUCCGGCUCAUUCAAUGGCAGCUUCAGCUUCUGUUGGCUAUGAGAUUCCAGCUCGUCUUCGUACUUUGCACAAUCUGGUGAUCCAGUACGCAUCGCAAGGCCGCUAUGAAGUAGCCGUCCCGCUCUGUAAGCAGGCUCUCGAAGACCUCGAAAAGACUAGCGGUCACGACCAUCCUGACGUGGCUACGAUGCUUAACAUUCUCGCACUUGUUUACAGGGAUCAAAACAAGUACAAGGAGGCAGCUAAUCUUCUCAACGAGGCUCUCGCUAUUCGCGAGAAGUGUUUAGGAGAAAAUCACUCUGCUAACCAAGGAAAAUAUGAAGAAGUCGAGCAGUAUUACAAACGUGCAUUGGAAAUCUAUGAAAGCAAAUUAGGACCUGAUGAUCCGAAUGUCGCGAAGACUAAAAACAAUCUUUCUUCGGCGUACUUGAAACAGGGCAAAUAUAAGGAAGCGGAAGAGCUCUACAAGCAGAUUCUCACCCGAGCACACGAACGUGAAUUUGGCAAGAUUGGAGAGGACAACAAACCAAUUUGGCAGAUCGCCGAAGAUCGUGAGGAAAUCAAACAAAAAGGCGGGGCUGAUACGGGUCCGAUUGCUUACCACGAUCACGGUGGCUGGCACAAGGCUGCCAAGGUUGACAGUCCAACCGUGACGACGACACUCAAGAACUUGGGUGCUCUAUAUAGGCGCCAAGGCAAGUAUGAAGCUGCUGAAACACUGGAGGAUGUUGCUUUGAGAGCUAAGAAACAAGCGCAGUAUGCAGCGCAGCAUGAGCGAAUGAAUAAGCUACUCGGAUGUAGUACACGAAUACAGCAGGAGCCGUCUUUGCGAUCUGCAGACGAUAUCAUGACUUCAUCGCAAAUAUCUCGCAUGACAACGAGCCAUUCGUCGUCGGGUCUGAAGUCGAAGCUGAUGAACGCACUCGGUUUCAAUCAAUAA